AUGUGGUUGAUUUUCCUCGUUUUUUGUGCAAUUUGUAUCAAUUUUGUCACCGCCGAACCCGAAAAAGCUCACGUUCUUCUUGGAAAAUCAGUCUCCUUACCUUGUGCGCGUGCCAAUGCAUCUGGUCCGUUUUAUUGGAAGCUUCAAACGGGCUUCCAAGACCUCAAUGGAACCAGAUUGAUGGAGAGGGACGCGACUUUUGGAGGGAGAAUCAGGGUUUUACCCAAUCUUGCACUGCGUAUUCGGUUUGUUCAACAUGAUUUUGCGGGAUUUUAUAAGUGCACAGACCAUAAUGACGACGUGAUUAGCAGCUAUGAAGUCGGUAAGAUUAUUUUUCUUGUUUUUUUUCAUAGUAACCUUUAAUUUCUUUAUUUAUUUUAGUCCCAAUCUCUUGCCAAAAUGCCACAGAACUUAAUUUAAAAUUCUGUGAAACUGGAGAAUGCGUUACGGGGAAGUUGGACGACCCUCAUAAUUCUCACGUUUCCUACUGUAAAUGCAAGCCAGAUGACUUUGGAAUGAAGAUUAUGAACAGAGAUGGGCUCAAUAAUACGUUUAGUGCCAUCAGAUGGGUCAUGAAUAGGGAAAACUUCAAGUAUUUGCCGGUGAUUUUGAAUAUUUUGGGACUUCUGGUAAUUCCAUUAGUGUUGUCCUUCUGCUCUGAAUUAAUGUGAGUUUGCUUUACACUUUUUUGGCGGAGAAUUAUAAUUUUUUGUGGUUGUAACUUGCACUGUGUAGUAUUAUUAUAUUAAUUUUUUUAUUUUAGGAACCGCUUCUACCCCGCCGAAAAGACCCGUGGGCCCAACUGUAAGAUCCCCUUGAUACAUCAUGUCCCCAAAGUUGAGCCGAGACCAAAAGAAGACUUAUACCCUGCGGCAUUCAAGGAGAUCCAGAUCAGUGUGCCCCCAGGCGAGGAAGAGUUUAAGGACUAUUUGGAGAAGCUGGUCAGACUGAUGACUAUCAAAAAACAGACCGGGAACAGGAGUCUCUUGCUCGAUAGGACUCAGAAAUCAAGAAAGUAA